AUGCCCCUCUCACACAUCCUCGUUUCCCUGCUUCCCCUUGUCCUCAUCACCCCACCCAUCACCCAAGCUCAAAUCACUUACUCAACCUACGCUGCUGACUCUGCCAUCUCCCGAGGUCAAGGCAAUGGUCUCUCUGCUGGGGUACCCAUCGUCUCCUACGAACACGGAGAGUUUCAGUGGGCUUUGAGGUUACUGUAUGAGCGUACCGGGAAUCAGAGCUAUUUUGACUAUAUCCAGGCGGGUGUGGAUCGGAAUGUGGCGGACAAUGGAACAAGGUGUCGUGUCGCGUCGCACAGCCUCUCGAGCUACCAGCUUGAUCCGGUGAGAGUUGGUCCGACCUUCGUAUACCUGUAUAACACCACCGGCGAGGCAAAAUACCAAGAAGCAGCCGAUCUGUUCCGGAAGCAGCUCGAAACGCAUCCAAGAACGUCUGAGGGACAGUUCUGGCACAAGCUCAUGUAUCCGAGCCAAGGAUGGCUUGACGGAAUCUACAUGGGCUCCGUCUUCUACGCCACCUACACAGCCGCAUUCCAGCCAACGAAUCAAUCAGCCUGGGACGACAUCCUCCUCCAAUUUACCCUAAUGCACAACCACACCCUUCAACUACCCUCAGCCCUCAACACGACCGACAACGAAACCUACGUCGGCCUCCUCUACCAUGCCUAUGACAACUCCUUCGUCCAAGACUGGGCCUCUCCCGACCGCGGCCACUCCCCCGAAGUCUGGGAUCGUGCGGUCGGAUGGUACAUGAUGGCGCUCGUAGACGUCCUCGACAUCAUUGACACCACGCCCGCCAUAUCCGCGAACUCCACUCUGGACCUGGAACCCCAUCACGCGACGUUGCAAGGAUAUCUUUCUACACUCACCGAUAAUCUCAUCUCCGCCGCCACCACAGACGCAGUGAACUCCUCCGACGCCUGGUGGCUCGUCAUGUCUCAACCCUACCGCGCUGGCAACUACUUCGAGUCGAGCGGCAGCACGAUGUUCGUCUACGCCAUCCUCCGCGGUAUCCGUCUCGGCUACAUCGACGACUCGGACGGGAGUAAAGUGGAGGUAAUGAAGAAGUCGUACGAGUAUAUGGUCGAUAACUGGGUGAUCCCGCAGGGUAAUGGAACGAUGGAUUGGAAUAAUACGGUGAUUGUGGGGAGUAUGCAGCCCGGGAAUGAUUAUGAGUACUAUGUCAGCCAGGCAAUCGAUAUCAACGAUUUGAAGGGCGUGGCGUCGUUCGUGCUAGCCAGCUACGAAUAUGAGCUGUUGUAG